AUGAAAUCUACUGUAUUUGAAAAUGCGGAGACUCCAGACUAUAUUCCGGUAAAGCGCCGUAGAAAUUUUCCUUACCCCUCAUCAACAAGGGACAACAAUGUAGAAAGGGAUAAUUCAUUUACUUCAUACAAGGAAAUAGGAUCAUCGCUCCUUCUCAAAUCGCUGGAGGGAAGUAGAAAAUCACAAACCAGCACUAAUUCUCAGAAAAUAGCUGAAACUGAGGCCACCUUGUUAAAAGCUGUGUUGACAAAGAAAGGCUUACGCUCUGCCACUGAACUGGCCAGUGGUUUAAAGUAUGAAAGCUCCAUGCAAACCGGUUGGACAGGCAAUUUGGUUCCCAUGCCAUCUUGUUCUUUCUUAACCAUGGGUUUACCCAAUAAAAUUCUACAUACACUUCGACAAAAGGGCAUUAUGAAACCUACAGCAAUACAGAUGCAGGGCAUACCACUUAUUUUAAGUGGACGUGAUAUGAUUGGGAUAGCUUCAACUGGCUCUGGGAAAACACUGGCCUUUGUUCUUCCUAUUUUGACCUCCGUUAUGAUCGAACAACUACGAAUGCCGCUUGUACGUGGAGAGGGCCCUCUGAGCUUAAUAAUUUGCCCGUCGCGGGAGCUUGCGCGCCAGACACACGAAGUUUUACUGUUGUACUCUCAAAAGAGGCCGAAAGAACAGAAAAAAAGCGAAUCAAUAUCCGUUAUUUUAUGUAUAGGGGGUUUAAAUGUUCAGGAGGUCAUGAGGGAACCAGGUUUUGAAGGAGUUCAUGUGCUCACUGCAACUCCUGGUCGUUUGAGAGAUAUGUUAUCGAGAAGGGAUUUAAAUCUAGAUAUCUGCAGGCUUAUUUGCCUAGAUGAAGCUGAUAGGAUGGUAGAUUUGGGUUUCGAAGAUGAAAUUCAAGAAAUUUUUAGCUACUUCAAGACGCAACGUCAAACAAUUCUGUUUAGUGCAACCAUGCCUUUCAAGAUUAAAAAAUUUGCGGAAUCUAAUCUGGUUAAUCCGGUAACAAUCAAUAUUGGCAGAGCAGGGGCUGCGAACUUAGAUGUAAUUCAAGACGUAGAGUGUGUAGAAGAUGGGGAAAAACUCACACACAUUCUGAAAAGCUUGACAAAAUCUGCUCCACCGGUUAUUAUAUUUUGUGAAAAUAAACGGGAUGUAGAUAAAGUUCAUGAGUAUCUGUUACUCAAAGGUAUUGACGCGGUCUCAAUACAUGGUGGAAAAGAUCAAAGUGAAAGGAAUAAAAGCAUAGAGCAGUUCAAGCAUUUUCUUAAAGAUGUUCUUGUUGCCACUGAUGUAAUUUCGAAAGGCCUUGACUUCCCCGCAAUAAAUCAUGUCAUCAACUUCGACAUGCCAGCUGAAAUUGAAAAUUACGUUCAUCGAAUUGGUCGGACGGGGCGUGGCGGUAAAACUGGCACUGCAACAACACUGAUCACUCCUAAUCAGUCCGAAGUGGUGUUGAAAGACUUGCAACAUUUACUGGUUGAAGCUAAACAAAAGGUGCCAGAAUUUCUCAGUUUUGCGACGGAAAAACUUCUAGAAGAAGACAAAGAACUCGUAGCACUAACAGGAGUGCGUGGAUGUGCAUACUGUGGAGGUCUCGGUCAUCGAAUAGGUAAUACACAUGUGUUUGACCCUACAUUCCUAUUUACAAUUUUGAAAUAG